AUGGCUCCAGAUCUCAAUGCCGUUGCCGCUGGCGAGACGUUCGACUACUCGCAGCCUGGAUCAAGUGGAUAUGAAGUUAACCAGGAUUAUACAUGGAAAACGGGGCGAGUUGUUCUAACAGCUGUUUUCAGUGAUCCAAAGAAUCGCAAGAUUAAAGUGCUUACGAUCGGGGGUGGAGUGACUGGCAUCUUGAUGGCAUAUCAGAUUCAGAAGCUGUGUGAGAACGUAGAGCAUACAUUGGAGGUACUUGGCUGGAGAACAAUGGUUGCGAUCCAGGAGGCGAAUGUUGAUGUGCAUUUUACUGCGGUGAAGGAGGCGACGGAGAAGGGAGUGGUGGGGGCGGAUGGGGUGGAGAGGGAGGUGGAUACGAUUGUGUGUGCGACUGGGUUUGAUGUCAGUUAUCGGCCGAGGUUUCCGCUGGUGGGGAGGGGUGGGGUGGAUUUGAAGGACAAGUGGAAGGUUUGCCCAGAGUCGUACCUAGGGCUUGGUAUUCUUUAUUUCCCUAACUUCAUUACCUUUAUUGGUCCAACGUGA